AUGGUGGAACCUGAAUCUUCUAUGCAUUAUGUUUCUAUGGCAAAUUCUGAUGAUUCUUCAAGAAAUCUAUCGGAUGAUUCUUCAAGUGUUUAUUACUUGCAUUCAUCAGAUAAUCUCAGAGCUCUUCUAGUCUCUGAAAUCUUGAAUGGUGAAAAUUAUAUUGCAAGGAGUAGAUCUAUCUCCAUUGCCCUUACAGUUAAGAAUAAGAUUGCAUUCAUAGAUGACACUGUGCCUCAAUCCAAUCUUGGUGAUUCUCGGAUUCGAAUUGCUUGGUUGAGAGCAAAUAAUCUUGUUCUAUCUUGGCUAAUGAAUUUUAUAGCCAAAGAAAUUCAUGGGAGUCUGUUAUACUUCACAGCUGCAUGUGAUGUUUGGGAAGAACUCGAGACAAGGUACCUUCGAAGUGAUGGUCCAAGAGUCUUUACUCUAGAAAAAUCUCUUAGUUCAAUUUCUCAAGGAUCAAGAUCAGUUACUAAAUACUUCAAUGAAUUCAAGACCCUCUAA